ACAAAGCCGGCCUCUCUCCUCUGCAGCAACAAACCGGAGGGUCGGCUCACACAAAGCUACACUCCAAACGUGCAGCGCAGCAGCAGCAGCAAUGGCGAGUCGCCACAGCGAUGAGGCGACGCAAUGCCACCAACAAUUGCUUGUCAUGCCGGCGGCGACGGCGAGCUAUCCCAAGCUGCAUGAUCGCCCGAGGCUGGCCGGCGCCGCCGCCGGCGUUCUUGGCGAGGUGGCGUCCAUCCUCUGCCUCGCCGGGCCGAUGGUCGGCGCCGGGAUCCUGCUGUACCUGCGCUCCCUGGUGUCCAUGGUCUUCCUCGGCCGCCUCGGCCAGCUCCCGCUCGCCGGCGGCUCGCUCGCGCUCGGCUUCGCCAACAUCACCGGCUACUCCGUCCUCUCCGGCCUCGCCGGCGGGAUGGACCCUGUUUGCGGCCAGGCGUUCGGCGCGGGGCGGACUGACCUGCUCCGCGCCGCGCUCCGGCGCACCGUCGUGCUGCUCCUGGCGGCGUCCGUGCCCAUCAGCGCGCUCUGGGUGGCCAUGCACCGCGUCCUCGUCGCCACCGGCCAGGACCCGGACAUCGCCGCCACGGCGUACGCCUACAUCCUCUGCUCCCUCCCCGACCUCGCCGUGCAGUGCUUCCUCCACCCCAUCCGCAUCUACCUCCGCGCGCAGUCCGUCACGCUCCCGCUCACCUACGCCGCCGCCGCCGCGCUGCUGCUCCACGUGCCCAUCAACGUCGUCCUCGUCGACCGCCUCGGCCUCGGCAUCCGCGGCGUCGCGCUCGGCGCGGUCUGCACCAACCUCAACUGCCUCCUGUUCCUCGCGGCGUACGUGUGCCUCUCGGGAAUGUACGGCGGCAGGGCGAAGGCGUGCGCCUCCGCCGCCGCGCCGGCCGCCGGCGAGGAGGACGACGACGGCGGCGUCAGGGAGUGGUGGAGCCUGGUGAGGCUGUCCGUGCACAGCUGCAUGUCGGUCUGCUUGGAAUGGUGGUGGUACGAGAUCAUGGUGCUCCUCUGCGGCGUGCUCGCCGACCCCAAGGCGGCGGUGGCGGCCAUGGGGGUGCUGAUACAGACCACCUCGCUGAUAUACAUCUUCCCGCACUCGCUCGGCUGCGCCGUGUCCACCCGCGUCGGCCACGAGCUCGGCGCCGGGAGGCCGGAGCGGGCGCGCCUCGUGGCGCGCGUCGGCGUCGGCCUCGGCGCGGCGCUCGGGAUCGUGGCGUUCGGGUUCGCGGUGUCCGUGAGGGCGGCGUGGGCGCGGAUGUUCACGGCGGAGGACGCCAUCCUGAGGCUGGCGGCGGCGGCGCUGCCGCUGCUGGGCGCCGCCGAGCUGGGGAACUGCCCGCAGACGGCCGGGUGUGGCGUGCUGCGCGGCAGCGCGCGGCCGGAGAGGGCGGCGAGGAUCAACGUGGCGGCGUUCUACGGCGUCGGGAUGCCGGUGGCGCUGGCGCUGGCGUUCUGGCCCGCGGGGCUGGACUUCCGGGGGAUGUGGGGCGGCAUGCUCGCCGCGCAGCUCGUCUGCGCGUGGCUGAUGCUGCGCGCCGUGCUGGGCACCGACUGGGCGGAGCAGGCGGAGCGCGCGCGCGAGCUCACCGGCGGCGGCGACGGCUACGCCGCCGUGGCCGCCGUCAUUGUCGACGACGACAAAGCCAAGCAGCAUGCAGAAAUGGACAAACCGCAACAGGUUGACAACACAUUGCUCAUGGCGAUCGAUUGUGUCUAGCAAAACCAAGCAGCAGCAGCAACACCAAUUCUUGGAUGAUUGCAUCCAUGAUUCUUUAGUUAUAGGUUUUUUUUUGCCUUAGUAUUUUUGUAAUUUUACCGGAUUUUUUUUUCAGGGAAUUCAAGCAAUCAAAAGCUGAACAUUCCCUACUUUUUAGCAUUUUUUUCCUCUUUGAAAUGAGGGAACCUAAGAGAUAAGAAAUUUACAGUGAAAACAGAGAGUGGCCAGUGUACAAAAGUAGCCACUAUUGCCAUCAGAUUUCAUAACAAUGCCAAACUUUUUUUUC